AUGGAUGUAACUAAUAUGUGCAGAGGAUGUAUGCAAAAAGUGUCUUGUGAUGAGGAAAAAUCCACUAGACUCGUGGAAAUGUUUUGUUAUUGUACUAAUAUUUCGAUAACAGAUGAUGCGAAUUUACCAAAUCGUUUCUGUUAUGAAUGCAGAAAAGAUAUAGAGUUAGCAUUUACAUUCAUAAAAAAGGCUCAAAAUGUAAAUGUAACUCUCAAAAACAUCACUUCGAGAAAUACAAGUGUCAUUGUACCAAACAAACAUAAAGACAUCCCUAUGAUAUUAACUUUACCUAAUUACAAGUUAUGUGUAGGUGUAACUAAUAUAAAUCAACAUACACUUAUUACAAAUUCUAGUCAAUUAAAUAAUGAAAAUCAUUUCGAAAAAUUAAAUGAAAUAAGAAAUGAUAUAAUCUUAGAAGAUGAAACAAUAUUAAAUGAAACCAAAGAAGUAAAUAUAGAUGAAAAUAAACCACAUUGCUGUCCCGCAUGUAAAAGGAGUUUUAUGUUUAAGUAUUGGUUAUUAAAACAUAUGGAGGAUGAGUGUUCUGGCCAGGAAUUUGUAUGUGACAUUUGUAAUCAAAAGUUCAUAAAAAAAUCAAAAUUAGCACAGCAUAUACAGGUUCAUACUAAAGACUGCAAAUUCUCAUGCAGUAUGUGUGGCAGACAGUACAAAAGACGAAGAUAUCUAACAUCACAUCUAAAGACACAUUCUCUUGAUAGACCUUAUGCUUGUGAAAAAUGUCCUAAAAAGUUUAAAUUGAAGAAAAUACUAUUAAGCCAUAUAAAAACACAUGAUGUUGUAAAACAAUAUCUUUGCUCUAUCUGUGGUUGGAGCAGCAAUCUCUCGGGCAACUUACAGACUCAUCUAAACACACACACGGGGGCGAAGCCCUACGCCUGUCGAACUUGCGGCUUUCGCACGGCAGCGCCUAAUUCGCUCCGGAGCCACGAACUGCGUCACAUCCAACGGCGUCCAUACGUGUGUACUUGUGGCAAGGCUUUCUAUGACUCCAGUGCACUUAAACGACACAGCCGCACGCACACAGGCGAACUGCCAUACAAAUGCGCGUUGUGUUCGCGCGCCUUUCUUGACAGUUGGAAGCGAAAAACUCACCUUAUACGGGCCCACGGACUGGCAUUGGAGGAUAUACCACGAAUGCGGAAAGAUGGGACGACGUAUUAA